UUCACUCCUCCACCCGACCAGUGAGCCUGUCGGAGCUUUACGAGCAGCGCAAAGGAUUUCUUCAUUCUUGGAGGGAGGUCUUGGGGCAACGGCAAAUUGUUCAUUUGCCUGCCAUCUCGUUCACAUUGGAGUUUCUAUUUCACGGAAAGGGGCGAAAAAUGACGCAGCAGAGAAGGAAAAUGCAAGUGUCACCAGUCUCCCGCUCAGAUUAAGGCCAAAUGGACACUGCGCUGGAUGCCUCGCUCUAUGGAAGGCCCCACCGAAUGACCUUUCGUGCUAGUAACCUUUUGUUGAACAUCUGAGGAGCCGUCCAUCGCUUGGAAAGAGUAUCUGCUGUCAAAACAACAAAACACAAACAACUGUCGAAGAUGUGGAGGAGGUCCGAGGAGAUGCCGAAGGAUGUGUGGAUGUCCUUGCUGUUGGUGUGGAUUACUUUGCUUUCAUGCGUGUCAACGAUCCCCAUCGGAGGCGCCGAUACCGAGGCCGAUCCCGGAGAAGGACAGCGACUGCUGAGCCGAGCCAAGAGAGGAUGGGUUUGGAACCAAAUGUUUGUGCUGGAGGAAUUUUCUGGACCCGACCCAAUCCUGGUUGGCAGGCUCCACACGGACUUGGACGUAGGUGGCAAGCGCAUUAAGUAUGUGCUGGCUGGUGAAGGGGCUGGCACCAUUUUCGCUAUCAAUGAGCUGACUGGUGACAUCCACGCCAUGAAGAGACUGGACCGCGAGGAGAAGGCCGAGUACACGCUCACGGCCCAGGUUAUUAAUGCAGACACAGAUCAGCCGCUGGAGCCGCCAUCCGAGUUCAUCAUCAAAGUGCAAGACAUCAAUGACAACCCUCCCCAGUUCAUCGAAGGCCCUUAUCGGGCGUCCGUUGCGGAGAUGUCGGCCGUCGGUACCCCGGUGACCCGAGUGACUGCCACCGAUGCCGACGACCCUGUAUACGGCAAUAGCGCCAAGCUGGUCUACAGCAUCCUGGAGGGACAGCCCUACUUUUCUGUGGAACCAAACUCAGCCACCAUCAAAAUCGCUCUCCACGGGAUGGACCGCGAGAUGCGGGAAGAGUACCUGGUGGUCAUCCAGGCCAAAGACAUGGGUGGUCACAUGGGUGGCUUGUCGGGAACCACCACUGUCACCGUCACGCUCACCGACAUCAACGACAACCCACCCAAGUUCUCAAAAAAUUUGUACGAGUUUGUGAUCCCUGAAAACCUGCCAAUUGGGCAGACUGGAGGCAAAGUAAAGGCAAAUGACCGGGACAUCGGCGAAAAUGCCCGAUCUACGUACAACAUCAUUGAAGGAGACGAGCAAGGCGUGUUCGAGAUCGUCACGGACUCUCAAACACAGGAAGGGAUUCUGCGACUUAAAAAGGCGUUAGACUUUGAAAGCAGGAGGUCAUACACGCUCAAAGUGGAGGCCGCCAACGUGCAGUCGGACCCUGGUGGCAGCGCAGGGGGGCCCUUCAAGGACACGGCCACGGUCAAGAUCGUCGUGGAGGAUGCAGACGAACCACCUGUGUUCUCCAAGCCUGUCUACACACUAGAGGUCAAUGAGAAUGCGCCGGUCAACACCGUCAUUGGCACCGUUGCUGCCAGGGACCCGGACUCCAGCGGGAGUCAAGUCAGGUACUUUAUCGACCGGCACACAGACCUGGAGAGGCAAUUCAACAUUAAUGUUGAUGACGGCAAGAUCACACUGGCCAAACCGCUGGACCGAGAGACUGAUAUGUGGCACAACAUUACUGUCACUGCUACUGAAGUCCGUAACCACAGUCAGAUAUCUCGAGCGGUGGUGGCGAUCCGGGUCAUGGACAUAAACGACAAUGCCCCAGAGUUUGCUACAGAGUAUGAAGCCUUCUUGUGUGAAAAUGGAAAACCCGGACAGGUGAUCCAAACGGUCAGUGCCGUCGAUAGGGAUGAUCCAAUCCAGGGCCACUACUUUGAGUACCGUCUGGUGCCCGAGAUGCUCAACAAUCCCAACUUCACAAUUAAGAACAAUCAAGAACAAGAAAGUAAAGCCUGAAGAGGACACCGACGAAUGAGGAUGGGUGCAGCACGUUACAUGAGUGACACACCCAAACACCGCUACAAUGCAGGCUAACACACAUAAAAAAAAAAAAAAAAAAUUUUUUUAAAGUCACACAUUUGACAGAAGUUAUGGCGCAUUUUUGUCUCAUCGUCAAACAAAAACGGUCAUUCGUCACGUUAUGUUUUCUUCCAAGACACGUUUUUAGCAUGUUAUCGUCUCGUCAUCGUCAACAAAAAAAUUGUUCGUCGACAAAAUAUUUUUGUUAUUAUCUUUGUUGACGAAAACAACAAUGAGUGGUAACCCUCCUAAAAAGUAAUGGCAGUGGUUUUGGCAUCAUCUUGAAAGCACAAAAUUACAAACAAUUUUUUUGAAGAAUACAUAUGUCAUGAUUCACUGUUUGCUGAAAUCUCUGGUCAAAAAGAUAAAGUUAUCACACAUUACACAGCAAUUCCCAAAGAAAGUAAAUGUUGAAUACAAUGAAACUGUCGCUUCACCCCCGCACGACCCAAAAAAAAGCACCACACGAGCACAGUAUUAAUAAUUUGAUAAUUCAUGCCAAUCAAUCCAAAAUCUGUGCAACUUUAAAAACAGUAACAUUGUAGUUUGACACCAUGAAUUGUGCUGAAGUUUAGAACCCACUUUACAGACGUCGGACACCAGCACACUGUGAGCGAAGGUAAACAAAACAAGAUCCAAAUGGGAUCUUCCUGCUUAGUUUUGCCGCUCAAUGUAGGGUGACUUCCUGGCUGUAAAGUGCCAGAUGUUGCCAUGUUUAUCUACACAAUACGCUCAUUGCUUUUUUUUGUUUGUUUGUAUAAUCUACUCUUUUUUUCCCGUUUAUACCAGUCCAAAGUAGCGGCGAAAAAGCUGUGUUUACUGUUACGUGUAGUGUUUUCAGCUCAGGGCAAAAAUCUAUUGAUAUGGUAGCAGCCUUCUUUGUGGACAUACAGGCUCCAAGCUAAUAUAUUGUAGCCCGCCUCUGACGGCUCAAAAAGGGCAUCAAAACCAGGCCGUAUUGAUGAGGGGGAAAAAAAAAAAAACUAUUUCUGUUUUAGUCUCUACCUCCUUUAAAAUAUAACAAACCAAAAAAGUUAAGAAUAAUAAUAAAAAAAGUGUUGUUUAUCUUAGUUUGGUGAUGGCAAAUAUUCUAAAUAACAAGGACGCUUCUAAAUUGCUAAUCCUACUGCUAAAGACUUUUAUUACUUCACCGUGCUUAUUUAUUGCUACUGUUAUUAUUUUUUUAGAUUGACGAGUUUAACCUUUUAACCUUUUAUAUGGCAAGUGACUAUUUUUGAUAGUUUAACAAAACAAAACAAAACAAAACAAAAAAACAAUAAAAUAAAAAAAACACAUUUUGGGUCACUGCAACAUGACCCAAAAUGUGCUGUCCACAAAUGUGCACACUAGGUCUCAAUUAUGAUAAUAUUAUUUUAGUUUCCGUAUUGGCCAAUAUAAGACGGUGUUUUUUGCAUUGAAAUAAGACUGAAAAAGUGGGGGUCGACGUUAUACCCAUUCACAAUGCUAGAUGGCGCCAGAUAUCAUUGCCACGAUGUUCUGUCAUGACAGAUCUCAGCUACUCAAUUUAACCAGUUUGCAUUAUUUUAUUGCAAUGUUUUUCCUUAUUCAGAUUUCUUUCAAGACUACAGUUACAGUUAGACUUCACUUUGAUGGUAAAUGCAGUUAUUGCAAUUUUGUUGUUUUAUCGCAAUAGAUUGGUUUAUUUACAUUUCAAAAACCAGAAGCCAUUCAUUCAUAAAUGUGAUUGCACUUUAGUUUACAUAUUUAAAUGUUCAGAUAUUAAGAUUUGAAUGAGGCAAAAUAACAUGCUUUUUCUCUCAAAUAUAUUGUUAUAAUCAUUUGUUUCAGAUGUUCUGUAAUUAUUUUCUGUAUAAAAAUUAAUUUGGUGAUCAAAAAGUCUUUCAAACUUGAGUCUUGAAAAAGAGGGGGUCGUCUUAUAAUCAGGGCCGUCUUAUAUCCGGGCCAGUAUGGUAUUAAACAUUAUUUUUAAAUAAUGUUUUACUUAUAUUAAUUACCAAAAGAAAUACACUCUGGUUAUGGCCCUCAGUAACACUCUAAAGUUGAUAAAUCAUAAAUAACGUUAAUAAAAAAUAACUUUUUAAAAACAUUGGAAUUUUUUCGAAAUAAAAAAAUUAUAAUGAAUAAAUGAUAAUAAUAUAAUAAUUGCAGUUUUAUCCUUUUUAUUCCUAUUUAAAUCAUUUUAAUAAAUACAAUCAAAUAAAUAUAAGAAUUUUUAGUUUGUCCAACUCAUUGUCUGCCACUGACAAUGAGAAAUGUCCAAUUCCUUUAAACUUGGAGGACUGUGGGCAAAUGCUCAUGUUGCCAAACACUUCCAGUCAAAAUACAUUAGACGUCUACCAUCAUCAAUGGCAGCCAAUGAGUUAAAUGAGUGCCCUAUAAAAGGUUAAUUAUUACGAAAAAUAGUUUUCGAUUUAAGUCUGUGUAUAAUCUUAAAAGUGUCCAUGGCACCGUCAAUUUCUCAGGUCACCACGAGGAUCGCCCUGCCUCUACUUCUUGUUACAGCACCUGAGGCGUUUAGCACUCAGGUGAUGGAGAAGCUGUAGAAGAACUCAGUGGGUGUCAUUUUUCAUUUGUUGCCUAAAAUUUUGUUUGUUUUUCCACAACUGUUCUGCUCCAAGCCUGAAAAUCAUGCUGAAGGUUUUCUUAUGAUAUUUUAGUUUAGCUUUGUGAUAUGGGGUUUUAAUUUUAUAAAAACCUGACUCUGACCUGAUACUUGUAAAAAAAAAAAAUAAAACAUGUCGGUGGCAUCACCGUGUACAGUAUAUUGAGCGAUUUGAUCAAUGGAUGCACUGCAGGCAUUUGAGUCUUCACUUACAGUAUGUUGCUGUAUAUCGCUAUUUCUAAAAUGAUAAAAAGACUGAGUCAAGGACAAUGUGGGUUGCGACAGAAAGAGAACGUGGGCUACAAGGAAAAAUAACGAAGAGAUACUUCAAUGAACCAAGCGCCAGGGGUGAAAGUAGGCCGGAAUGAUCCGGUACCUUGCUUUGUUCCCGAAAAUAUGACGGCAACUGUAAAAUCCACAUUAUAAAAAACUUGCCAGGCUGCCACACACACAUCUUCAAGAAGAAAAAAAAUCUACUUAAGUCAGAUUUAUAUACACAAAUACUAAAAACAAGCUUAAUAAAGUGCUUGUGUGGUAAUCCGUUUCCACCGAUAUUCAUUAUUUAUUUAUUCGACAGACUUCUGUACACUGGCUCAGUCUCAGUGUAUCUAACGGGUCGCAUUGAUGUGAGCAUACACGCAGCAAACCUCCCUGUACUCAGUUGCCCACUCAAGUGGCUGACAGACUGACAUGUGUUCAGCAUGGAUAGUUAGCUCAGAUUGGUUCAAAUCCAUUUGUUUUCUGGAAAAACAAAAAAGAAAAAAUAAAUAAAUAAACCAGAGAGGUAACUGACAGUUUGUUGAAUUAAUGUGAUUAAAAAAGGGGACAAUCCAUUGAAAAUUGAUCAGAUCUUGAAGAGAAAGGAAUUUU